CCCGAACCGGGCUUGCCCGUUUGAAUCCAUCACCAUGGCUGCCCAGCUACACGUCAUGCGCCGAAAAGAAGCCUUGAGCCUUGAGCCUCGUGCUGGCAGCACACUUCGCACUGUGAAGGAUUUGAUGGAGGAGAUCCAGAUGUCCCAUGCCAUUCCCAUCUCCUGUCAGCUGCUUUCGUCCAAUGGACAGCAGCUGGAUUCCGCUGACGAACUACCAUGCCGGGUGCUGGUCACGGAUUUGGGGCCCUUGCGCAAGAGGAGAUCCAUCACGGAGAUUUCGAAGACCGAAGAGCGUGGGAUCACCUUGGCGCAAUUGCAGGAGCUGAUGGCAUUCUUAGAAGCGGAGGCGGAGGAUGGAGGCAAGCUGCCAUGGCGAGGACAACAAGAUCAAGAGAUCUUGCAGGUGAAGUUGAUCAAUCUCUACGACUUGACACACUGGGUCAUCAAGCCGGCCACGUCUUCUGACGCGUGCAGCUACGUCGAGCUGGUCGCCGAUCCCCAAGGACAGAUCCCCAGAUGGUUCGUUAGUCACGCCUGGGCGGAAGCGGUGAACGACUUCGUGGCGUGCGUGCAGCGGCACAGCACGCUGAGGCAAUUGGCGGAGACCGAUGCUUGGUGGGUUUGCGCCUAUGCCAACAACCAGCACGAGCUUGGAAAAGACCUCACCAGCGAUCCUCGCUCCACCUCUUUCUUCCGUGCCAUGUCCCUUUGCGAGGGCUUGCUGCUGAUUUUGGACCACAAGGCUACACCCUUCCAAAGGAUCUGGUGUUGCUUCGAGCAGUCGGUGGCAUUGACCUCUACACGUGCGCAGCGCAUGCUGCUGGAUAUUGCCACUGCUGAGCAAGGCUCUGACUCAGCAGUUAUCAUUACUGAUGGAGUCACGAAGAUGGACCUUCAGGAGAAGGCUCGGACCAUCUACCGCAACACCCACGGCUACGAGGACAGCGUGAAAGCGCACCGCGAGGCUCAGUUCCCCAUCUCGUUGAUUCUACAAGCGCUGACCUUGAUCAAUGUGAAGAAGGCAAGCGCCUCUCAGGCCUUGGAUAAAGUGAGGAUCUUGAAUAGCAUUUGCCACCAGCCCCUCGACGCCGAGCCCUUGGACUCUUCGCCCUUCUACGAUGAGGUGGACCGUGGCCUGCGGAGCAUCUUCGCCUUGGCCGCGCUGCCUGCGUGCGCCAAGGGCGGCCAGGCCCGGCGGGCGGAGUUGGAGCUGAUUGCGGAGGUGGUGCAGAAGGAUACGGCGGACCGAGACACCCUGAAUCUCAAUUUGACUGACAUGAAGGAGCUCACGGAUGAUCUGCUGGGGAUCCUGGCAGCAGGUAUACCUGGCCGCCUGCACGAGCUCACCUUGCAUUUGACCAGGUGUGAACAACUCACAGACUUGGGAGUGAAGGCCUUGUGCCCUUUCAUCCCCAAGACCCUGAGCUACCUGGUCUUGUCUUUGCAUGCCUGUGGCAAGAUCACGGACACAUCAGUACAAGUGAUCGGAAGUGCUUUGCCCUCCGGAUUGAAGCAAUUGAGACUGAGCUUUGGCAAUUGCGAGCGCUUGACGGAUGCUUCUCUUCGCAGCAUCGCUUUUCCUCCAGGCUUGGAGCUCUUGCGGGUGGACUUGGACAAUAUCUCCUCCAUCGGGGACGAAGCAUUGAUCUCCAUCAGCAGGGCAAUGCCUGGCAGCUUAACAUCCUUAACCCUGAACUUCAUGGGUUGCCAUGGUGUGGGGGAUAAAGGAUUAGAUGCCUUAGCCUCCAAGCUCCCGAAGACCUUGCGCUUUUUGGAGCUCACCUGCUUCGCCUGUCACCAUCUCACCGACCGGGGCUCGGUGGCCUUGGCCCAGACGAAGCUCCCAGCCUUGCGCGAGCUGCUCUUGGACCUACGUGGCACUCAGCUCACCGAGCAGAGUCUGCUGCGAAUGGCCGAGGGUGCUGAGCGCCCAGCGCUCGAGGUCCUGGAUUGGUACUUUCCCAAGGGUGACUUGCACGAGCACUUGGACUCCCUCGCUGCACUCCAAGCCUGGUUGGACGCACGGCACACGGCCGCACCGGCGGAAACACCUGGUGCUUUGGCGGGCGCGGCCGGCCCGGCGCUUCUGAAAGCCAAGAAGUUGCCAUGAGCAGAAGCCAAGCUGGUCCGGCUAGUGACUAGUGAACCGUGGCAAGGAAUGGAUUCAUUGCGACCGCUUCUAGGUUCAAACAUGAACAUGUCACGAAAGCGAUCUCCGAAGGAGGUCAGCUGAAGUUCUAGUCUACGAUUAGAUGGGUUGCAACUAUUUCUUGGUGAAACCCACAUAUUGAGAUCCUUUGAUUAGCAAUCUUGCUGCGGAAUUUUGGAGGCCGGCGUCACUCACGAUACCACAAUUGGCCACUGAAUUGAGAGAAUUUCAGAACUUUUUGGCCACACGAGCUCCUGACCUUCACUGCAAAUAUCAAAUAAC